AUGGUUCAAAUGGAAAGCCAACAUCUGGAAAUCACAUUGGGAUGUAACUCCUUUGCCGUGGAGAGUAUACUUGCAGAUAAUCUAAACGACUUCUGUGAAGUUGUCUACGUGGCCAUGUCCGACGUAACACUCAGUGUGAAGUUUCUCACCUUAUUCCUCGUACGUAAGCAAUUGUUGGAAUUAGCAGCUAUACUGAAGCGCUUGGACAACAGUGCCAAGACCAAAGAAGAAAUCACUGUUCUACAGGAAGGCAUUGAUGCAUCUAAAAAAUGUUUCCUCAUAGUUUUGCGACUAUUUUAUUCUGCUUUUGUCACCAGUCAUUUGGUGGUGAUUUUCUCUGCCGAAAGACGUCUAAUGUAUCCUGCUUGGUUUCCGCUUGACUACAAAGCGUCAUGGACUAAUUUUUGUAUUGUAUAUGGCUAUCAAAUGAUUGGCUUUUUAGUGCAGUGUACGCAAGCUUGCUCAGUGGACACAUACCCGCUGGCAUAUAUCCGUGUCCUUACCGCACACAUGCGCGCGCUCUCUAUACGCAUUCAACGAAUCGGAUUCAAUACUAAUAGCAGUGAUUCUCCAGAGAAUAUGCAUCUGACAAAGGAUGAAAUGGAACGCAAUUACGCUGAGCUCGUCUCUUGCAUUAAGGAUCACAAAACGAUUAUCGAGUUAUUUUCAACUAUACAAAAGACCAUCUCAGGCACAUCUCUGAUUCAAUUCGUUGGCACUGGCGCCUCACAAUGCAGCAUAGGCGUUUAUAUGCUCUACGUUGGCUUCAAUCCCUCGAUUAUGUUGAAUAUGACUAUCUUCUUCGUAGCUGUGACAUUAGAAACACUAAUCCUCUGCUAUUGUGGUGAUCUCUUUUGUCAGGAAUGCGUGGAACUAUCAAAAGCCAUCUACAAUUGCAAUUGGACAGUUCAAAGCAGCGAAUUUAAGAAGGCAUUGCGUAUUUUUCUCUUUCAUUCGCAAAGGGAGAGUGUUUUGAAGGCCGGCAACUUGGUACCUGUAAAUUUACAAACUUUUUUAAUGGCUAUGAAGUCCUCUUACUCCAUGUUCACACUGCUAAGCAGCUUCAAAUAGGAAUUGAAAUACAUUUUUAAUAUGAGGAAAUUAGGUGGUAAAUAUUUUGAAUUUGUUUCAUUUUAUUUGAGACCUUUUUUAUAAAAUCUAUUUCGUUCACAUUAUAUGCUUAAGCAUAUUCACUAAGCUUAAUAAAUAUGGUACAUGAAUACUAUUCUACUUAUAGAUUUAAAUACAAAUUAGCGAUUUCUUUUGUUAGAAAUAAGGAAUUUCAUUGUUGCACAUAAUUUUGUAACUAUAAAAAAUGACUAGUUUCGUGUUAUACUGUAAUUACUGGCAUAUAGUAAAUAAUGUAAUACAUAGUUUUCAAUUAGA